AUGCCUUCUUUAAUUAUCUCCCCUAGCCAGCAACACUCCCUUUUCUCUAUUUCACCUCUAAUCUCCACUGUUCAACCUCUUCUUAACAUUACGCUCAAACCCUUGCAUAGAACUCAUAUUGACUUUGCUCCGAUAAAAACUCAGUCAAGUUGCAGUCUUCAUCUUGAUAAUAAGGGUACUGUUAAUUCCCAGUGGCAAGAUAUUCUUGAAGCUAUUAAAGCCUCAUCCACUUUACAAAAUCUUGAAAUUUCACGAAUAAUUGAGCAAAAUGGUGGGUUUAAAACCAUAUCUGAUUUUAAUCAUUUGCUUAUCUCUUUGGUUUUAGCAGAUGAGUUUGAGUUAGCCUUGAAACUAAGCUCAUUAUCUUAUGCAUUAGCACCAGAUGGUAACACAUACUCAAUUUGGGUCAGUUUGUACUGCAAAAAAAAUGACCCUGAAACAGCCAAAUCCAUUUUAGGUAACAUGUUGAAAGAUGGGUUUCAACCCAAAGUUGCCACCUUUACAACUUUAAUCAAUACUUUUUGCAAAGGUGGAAAAUUGCAAAAAGCUUAUGAGGUUUUUGAAGUCAUGGGUCAAAUUGGAUGUGAACCCACAAUUUAUACUUACAACUGCUUGCUUAAAGGUUUGUGCUUUGUUGGUAGAGUGGAAGAAGCUUAUGAGUUGCUUUUGAAUAUCAAGAAAUCUAAUAAAAAACCUGAUCUUUAUACUUAUACUGCUGUUAUGGAUGGUUUUUGUAAGGUUGGUAGGUCUAAUGAAGCACUAGAAUUGCUUGAGGAAGCUCUUGAAAUGGGGCUGAUACCUAAUGUGGUUACUUAUAAUACUUUGUUCAACGGGUAUUUUAAAGAAGGAAGGCCUUUAGAUGGGAUUAAAUUGUUGAAAAAAAUGAAGAAACAAAAUUGCGUGCCUGAUCAUAUAACUUAUAGUACAUUGUUACAUGGGUUGUUGAAAUGGGGAAAAAUUAGAGCUGCUUUGAAAAUUUAUAAGGAGAUGUUAAAUCUUGAUUUUGAGGUGGAUAGAAGGAUGAUGAAUUCCUUGUUGAGAGGGUUAUGCAGGCAAUCUAGGAAGGAAAAAGAGUUGUUAAAAGAUGCAUAUCAAGUGUUUGAAAGAAUGCAGAGCCGAAGGUUGGUUGUUGAUCCUGUUGGGUAUGAGUUGGUCAUUGAAGCUUUUUGUAGUGGUAAGGAGUUGGAUAAAGCACUGGAGAGUUUACAUGAGGUUGUUAGAAUUGGGUAUUCUCCUAAGGCAUUCACUUUCUCUAAUGUUAUUCGUGUACUUUGUUUGGAGGGAAAAGUUGAUAAGGCAUUGUUAGUUUUUAUUCUCAUGCUGAAAGUUGGAAAAUCUACCAGUAGUGUUCCAUUUAGCUUGUUGAUCAAUGAGCUGAAUCAACAAGGAAAGCCAUUGACUGCUUGUUACUUGUAUGGUGUUGCAUUGAAAAGUGGGGUGGUGCCAAGAAAUAAACCUGAGGUGGUAUAUAUGCGCGGGAACGAGGUAUUCAACCCUGGAAGUGUAUUGACUCCAUUGUCACUGUGUGCUUUUUCAUGA